GGCAGGCAGACGCAUGCUGUAGACACUACAACUCGGGCACGGGAGUUAGCCAACAGAUUGUCUUCCGCCACAUCAAGGAACACAUUCCUAUUUCUUAUGACAAGAUACUGCCCUUUGAAAGGAUGCACAGCGUGCUCAACCACAUGGAAUUCUGUUGCUCGCAGAUUUGACCAGGAGACUUUCAACGGAUAGAAAAAGCGGUUUACACAGCAGCUUCCUCUUUUGUCGAAUUUCCUUCCAGCCUGCAAGAUCUUGCUUUCUUUCACCAUUUGCUUUAAGCCCGAUUCCCAUGCCGUCCGCCGUAAAUGCAGCGGUGGCUCAGCAGACAGCUGCUGGGUCAGUUCCCAGCCCCGCUAUCAGCACUACAACCGAAGGUGCGGGUGGGGGCACAGGGGGGAUUUAUUCUGCCAUUAUAAGUCGCAACCAGCCCAUUAUCAGAGUAAAGGAGAAGACCUAUGAAGAGCUUCACAAGAAGUGUCUGGAGAAGAACAUCCUAUAUGAAGAUCCUGAUUUCCCACCGAAUGACUCCUCCCUCUUCUAUAGCCAGAAAAUCCCCAUCAAGUUCGAAUGGAAAAGACCACGUGAAAUCUGUGAGAAUCCACGGUUUAUUAUCGGUGGAGCCAACAGAACAGAUAUCUGCCAAGGAGAAUUAGGUGACUGCUGGUUCCUGGCUGCCAUUGCUUGCCUGACACUGAAUAAAAAACUACUCUGUAGAGUCAUACCUCAUGACCAGUCCUUUAUCCAAAACUAUGCUGGCAUCUUUCACUUCCAGUUCUGGCGCUAUGGAGACUGGGUGGACGUCGUCAUUGAUGACUGCUUACCCACGUACAACAACCAGCUGGUCUUCACCAAGUCCUCCCAGCGCAACGAGUUCUGGAGCGCCCUCCUGGAAAAGGCCUAUGCAAAACUCCAUGGGUCAUAUGAAGCUUUGAAAGGAGGCAACACCACCGAAGCCAUGGAGGACUUCACCGGAGGAGUCACAGAGUUCUACGAGAUAAGGGAUGCACCUAAAGAUACCUAUAAAAUCAUGAAACAUGCGAUUGACAGAGGAUCCCUCAUGGCCAGCUCCAUUGAUGAUAACCUAGGCUUUUCCUAUGGAUCAGCUCCUCGGAGCGACAUUGGGGAACUGAUUGCUCGAAUGGUGAAGAACCUAGAAAACGCGCAGAUGGCUCACCCCAUUGUUGACUACCAGGGGACAGACGAAAGGCCAGCCUGGACCAUAGUGCCAAUGCAGUAUGAAACCCGGAUGUCUUGCGGGCUCGUCAAAGGUCAUGCCUACUCUGUCACAGCUGUGGAAGAGACAACAUUUAAAGGGGAAAAAAUACGUCUGAUAAGGCUGAGAAACCCCUGGGGGCAGGUGGAAUGGAACGGACCUUGGAGUGACAAGUCAGAGGAGUGGAACUUCAUUAACGAAGCAGAGAAAACCCGCCUGCAGCACAAGAUCGUGGAGGAUGGGGAGUUCUGGAUCUCAUUUGAAGAUUUCAUGAGGCACUUCACAAAACUUGAGAUCUGUAACCUCACCCCUGAUACUCUGGAAGCUGAUAAACUCCAGACCUGGACUGUGUCAGUCAACGAAGGGCGCUGGGUGAGAGGCUGCUCCGCUGGGGGUUGCCGCAACUACCCAGAUACAUUUUGGACCAAUCCCCAGUAUCGCUUGAAGCUCCUGGAGGAAGAUGAUGAUCCUGAGGAUGAACAGGUUAUCUGCAGCUUCCUCGUCGCACUGAUGCAGAAAAACAGGAGGAAAGAACGCAAGCUGGGAGCCAACCUGUACACCAUUGGCUUUGCCAUCUACGAGGUGCCCAAAGAGAUGCAUGGUACUAAGCAUCACUUGCAAAAGGAUUUUUUCCUCUACAAUGCCUCCAAAGCUAGAAGUAAGACCUAUAUAAACAUGCGAGAAAUCUCUGAGCGCUUCCGGCUACCUCCCAGCGAGUACGUCAUUAUCCCAUCGACAUAUGAACCCCACCAGGAGGGAGAAUUCAUUCUGAGGGUCUUCUCAGAGAAAAGAAGUCUUUCAGAGGAGGUUGAAAACAUGAUCGAGGCAGAGCGUCCCUCGAAGAAGAAAAAGCGCAAGCCCAUCAUCUUUGUUUCCGACAGAGCAAACAGCAAUAAGGAGCUGACAGCAGAUGAAGAUGCCACCAAAGAUGGUGAAAAAAACAAAGAUGAGAAAAAGCAUCCUUCAACAAAAGCUCAUGAGGGGAGUGAAGAGGAAAAGCAGUUCAGGAAUAUUUUCCGACAGAUUGCAGGGGAUGACAUGGAGAUCAAUGCUGAAGAACUCAGGAAUGUUCUCAAUAACGUCGUAAAAAAACAUAAGGACCUAAGGACAGAAGGAUUUGAACUGGAAUCCUGCCGCAGCAUGAUUGCUUUAAUGGAUACAGAUGGCUCAGGGAAGAUAAACUUUGAUGAGUUUCGACAUCUCUGGGACAAGAUUAAAAGCUGGCAGAAAAUUUUCAAGCAUUACGACACGGAUCAUUCAGGAACCAUUAACAGCUACGAGAUGCGCAAUGCAGUCAAAGAUGCAGGGUUUCGGCUGAACAACCAGCUCUACGACAUCAUCACCAUGCGCUACGCCGACAAGAACAUGAACAUUGACUUUGACAGCUUCAUCUGCUGCUUUGUGCGCCUGGAUGCCAUGUUCA